AUGACGUGUCACAAAAUCUUUCUUGUAAUCUCUCUCAUACUCGCGGUCUCAUUGGUAAACGCAGUUGAAUUCUCAGUCGUUGACAACACCGGAGACUCCGCGGGGGGAAGGAGAUUCAGGAACGAGAUCGGCGGCAUAGGCUACGCCACACAGUCACUGAGGGCUGCGACGGACUUCACGUGGCGUGUGUUCCAACAAACCAACAGCCCUUCGGACAGAAGGAACCCUCCAAUGAUCUCAAUGGUGAUGGAGAAUGGAAACGGUGUGGCGGCCAGCUCGGGAGACAGGAUACGUUUCAACGCCGGAUACCUCGCCGGUGUCUCGGGAGAUGUAAGGAGGGAGUUUACCGGCGUAGUUUAUCACGAGGUGGUCCAUUCUUUGCAGUGGGAUGGUGCGGGCCAGGCUCCGCGUGGGCUCAUCGAAGGGAUUGCAGAUUACGUGAGGCUGAAGGCAGGUUACGUCCCGAGUUACUGGGUGGCGCCUGGUCGUGGUGAUAGGUGGGACCAGGGUUAUGACGUCACAAUGAGGUUCUUGGACUACUGUAGCGAUUUUAGGAGUGGGUUCGUUGCGGAGCUGAACAAGAAGAUGAGAAGUGGAUAUAGUGAGCGUUUCUUCGUUGAGUUGCUUGGGAAAGACGUUAAUCAGCUCUGGAGAGAGUACAAGGCCAAUUAUGGCCAAUGA